AUGGCCGCCUCAUCUUCCUCUUCGAGCGACAGCAGCUCCAGUCGCUCUUCCUCCCCCGAGCCGGCAAACAAGCAAAAGCAGGCUUUGAAGAAGACACCAAAGAGCAAGGAAGAAGUUGAAGAUUCAUCAAGUUCGUCUGGUUCGGAGUCCGAUAGCGACGAAAGCUCCAGCGACGAGGAUUCCAGCGACAUGGACACUAGCGAGGAUGCUCCCAAGGCAGAAUCGCCUGCUAAGAAAAUCAUUUCUGUUACCCCCAAAGCCUACAAGCCUCCUUCUGGCUUCAAGUCCGCAAAGCAGCAAGCCCCACCAUCCUCAAACUCCUCCUCAAUCCUUUCCAACCUGAACGGAAAACAAGUCAUUCACAUCACCGCUCCAUCUUUCCUCCCAUUGUCAAAGGUCAAGGAGAUCUCCAUGUCCAAGAUCUCCAAGGGCCACCCGAUCCUUUCGUUUGACGGCGCCAACUACGGCAUUCCGGCCGAAUCGCUCCGUGAAGAAAGCUCGCAGGGAAAGUCUCUGCUUCUUUUCGACCCGAAGACCCAGACAUACUGCAAGCAAGCCGACAACAUUCCCAGUUAUCACAUCCAGGAAUUGAUGGGCGUACCAGAAGCCGAUAAGGCGGCGGUGGAAGCACUUCGGGAUACCGUCAAGCCCCCUCGGCCCCAGCCGAAGAACCUGAAGAUGCGCUUCAGGCCUGUCGGGAGCUUGCCCGCCCCACCGGAGACUUUGGACUCGGAUUCCGAGUCCGAGGCCGAGCCUUCGUUCAAGGUUCCCAGUGGAGAAAAGGAGCGCAAGCGGAAGCAUCACCACACCGACGGAGACGCUGCCCAAGUGACUACUCUGCCCAGUCGAAAGAAGUCAAGGAAGCAUACCCAAGAAAAUGGAGACGAGGAGCAAGAGCAAGGCCAAAAGAAGGUGAAAAAGUCACACAAGGAUGGCGAGGAGAAAAAGCGCAAAAAGUCAAAGGCAUGA